AUGUUUAAGAUCUCUCAAAAGUCAAAAAAAAAAGAGUCAAAGAAUACUGACCCUCGAGUUACCUCCGGAAAUAGCGAGCCUAUAAAUAAUAAUAAUAAUCAAUUAACCGUUGCCAUAAACAAUAAAACUGGUGCUGCUCUUAAUUUCAUUUUUAAAAGAGCCCCAAAUCUUAUUCCACAAGUUAUCGGCGUCGCAAAAACAAUAACUCCAAAUCUACAAAAGAAAUCCGAUAAAACUAAACGUAAUGUUGAUAAUUCUAUUAUAAAUAAUCCUUCUUCUCCGGCUUCAAAUGAUUCUUCUCUCUUGACCUCUCCUGCCUCUUUCUCCCCUUCUCAAAAACGUGGUUCAAAAUCUUUAAAUGGUGAUUUCGGUAAUCGUCCUGAUCAUCAACGCCGUCCUUCUGAACCCACUGCUGUACUAGGUUUAAAUAAACAAUCUUUACAUUCGGAUUUCCCUUCAAAUAACAAGGAUAUUAGUAUUUAUGGUGCUGUACCUUCUUCAAGAAAAAAAGAUACCGGUCUUUAUGGUGCUGUACCUGCUAUCAAUGUUCAUCAUGUCGACAUUAAUAACGGUUUACGAAUUAAUCGUUCUGCUUCCAUAUCAAGCGUUCCUAUCAUUAAAGAAGGUUAUUUAAACAAAAAAAUUGAUUUUGACGUAAAAUCUAUUUCUUCUUCAUGCGGCUGGAAAGCUUACCGUGUGAUAUUAAGAGGUUCAAAAUUGUAUUUCUAUAGGCCUCCUUCUGAGGCUGUUUUAAAGACUUUUUUUCCAAACAAUAAAGAUAUGGGAAAAGAUAUGAUUUCAACUCUUUCACCUAUCAACGAGCGUGGUAUGCCUCUUAAUAAUCCUUUAAAUUUUGAUACUAGUGCUAGUAAAUUAAUUUUCGAAGGUAAUGAUAAGUUUAGUCCACCUUUGAUCUCAAAGUAUUACUAUGGUGAAAUUUGCUAUGAAGUAGAUCGUACUGUUGCUAUGCGAUUCAAGAAGCAUGUAUGCUUACUUAUAUUUGAGGACAAUGUUGUGAUAUGCAAACGCAAAUGGGUAAGAUAUACUAGUGCAAAUUUAAGACCCAUAAUUGAUGCUAUGGGAUUUGGUGGAAAUCAUUCUUCUACGAAUGUUACUUCUCCUACUAUCAAUUCUGACUCUGGAGGUCAAGAUUGGGAUACGAGAUCGAUUAGUAGUACACGUGGUAUAACUGAAAAUGAAGCUUCUUCAAUAAAUAAGGGUAAAGGCUAUUAUACAAAAUGGAAGCUUGAUGCAUGCUAUUCAAUUCAUAGUGUAGAUGUUGUUCCUGAUCCAAAUUUACCCACUGGUCAUUCUCCAUAUAUAACUCCUUCUUCUCAACCACCAUUUACUGCAAACAGAAAUGAUGAUACAUCUUCUCUUCGAUCUGUCUCUUCUUCUGUAUCAAUUAUUGCAAAUGUUUCUUCUACUUCUGGUGUUAUCCUUUAUUUAAAUAUUGUUGAUAAUGGGGAAAAGGAUAGUUAUAGAGUUUUUGUUGCUUCUAAUAAUGAUGUUAGAUCAUUAUGGAUUGCAAAGUUAUGGGAUGCAAAAAAAGCAAAUUUAAGAAAAUUGAUGAAAUUAUCUGAUAAACAAUCCAGAGGACUACAUGAUUUUGAUAAUAAUGGAUUAGCAACUGCACAAUAUAAUAUACGUGGUAUUAAUAGUCCUCAAGAUUCUACAGGAUUUGGAGAUGAAAAAUCUGAGGGUACAACAGUUACACCAAGGAGGAGAGCAUAUUGGGGUACGGAAAGACAUCCAGAGUUAAUAAUCAAGGAAACAAAUUCAAUUGAAUCAACAUCUCAAACUCUUAUUCGUGGAGGUUCUAUUAGUUCUUUAAUUCAUGAACUUGUAUUUGAAACACAGAAAGGUACUGAAGAAAAUGAUGAAUUUCUUCAUGCAUUUCUUUUAACAUACCCACUUUUUGCUGAAACAACCCACAUUUUCCGUGAAUUGAAACGUUGCGCAAGCAUGCAAAGUGCGUUCGAAAAUGAUGAACAAAACAAAACAAAUAAAAUAAGUGAAAGAAUAAUGAUAAUACUUACAAUAUGGUGUCAGAAUUACGGUCGAGAUUUGGCACGUGAUGAUAUACGGAAUGCCAUGUUAGAGUUAGUGGAUGAAGCAUUUGCAAAUAAUCCUUCUGAUGCGGAAGAGAUAAAGAAAUUAAUACAAGAUUCACGUGCUAAUGUAUUAAACAUUGAUAAUAAUGAAGAAGAAAUGACAGUGAAAGAAACUUUAUGUCAUCCAGUUCCUGCACCUCUUUCAUUAGAUCUCUCUAAUUUACUUGUUACUGGUUUAACUCCUGCAUUAUUCUUGAAAAUGGUCCCAGAUGAAUUGGCGCAACAAAUUUAUUUAUAUCAUUUUUUGGAACUUUAUAAAACAAAACCUAUGAAUGAUUUGAGAAUUUUUAGUCCAUCAAAAAAUCGACAGGAGUCACUACCGAAAGAAAGUCCAUUAAAUUCUACUCCAACAGCACCUCAUUUUAUUACAAGAUUAAUAUAUCACCAUAUAUUAAUUGCAACACAACAAGCUGGAUAUAUUAGUCGUCGUCCUUUGAUAUUAACGCAUUGGAUUCAAACUGGUAUUGCGUGUAAAAUGUUAGGUGAUAUGGCUGGUUGGAUGGCUGUUGCAUCAGCUAUAUGUUCACCAGGAAUAGUACGUUUGAAGGAAACAUGGAGACGUGUAAAUGAACGUUGGAAAGAUGUUGUUGUAAAUGAAUGGAUUCCACUUUUAUUAACUUAUGGAGGCAUUGAUGGGGAAGCUGAUAUUGAGAAUGUAAAUUCUUUACUCUUGGUCAUACAGGAUAAAAAGGAAAAGAGUAAAACUAAACCAAUUCCUUAUUUUGGUUUUAUUACUAUCGCUUUGGACCGGCUUAAUUCAACAAUACCGUCGGUGAUUGAUCGAUCCACAAAUGAUCAAAGUCGUACUGGGUCCAGAAAUAAUAGUAUUUCAGGGUCAAGUAUCAUUAAUUUUGAAAAAUAUCGAAAAAUGUAUGAUACAAUCAUUUACUCACUGAAUCAAUGGGAGCAAGCUGAAAGUUAUAUAAAAUUUGAUGAAAAUUCAUGUCCUUUUACUCCUUCAUCUCCUCUUCAAAAAUAUUUCCAUCAACUCAAUUCCGUUCCAACAUCUUCCACACUAGAUGUUUGGCAAUUAUUUGAUUCAUCUUUAAUAUGUGAACCUCGUUUACAUGGUCAAUAUUUAGAACAUCAUGCCCGCCAACAUAAAUCACAUUCUGCUUACGUACCAUUGGUUUUUACCGAAGUUAUUCCUUCUAGUCGAUUGUUUGAAAAAAAUGCAGUAUUAAGUGCGAGCGGAACAUUAGGUAAAAAAACAUCGAAUUCUUCUUUAAAUAUAGGAAGUGAUAAUAAUUCAUUGGUUUCAAUGGCAUCGCCAACGCGACAAAGUUUCUCAAGUUCAUAUGUUAAUUCAGAUACAUAUCCGACCUCACCCAUCAAUAAAACCCAAUCUACAAAUAAUUCACCAGCUCACCAAACUUACGGAGGUGUAAGGCAAAGGACUAUAUCAUUCCCUCCAUCAAAAAUAGGGCCAAUAACUUCUACCACAUGGAACACUGGGUUGGAUCUAUUUACAAGGAAUUGGUUAGGUGGUUUAGCACAACAUCGUGGAAGUUAUACUGUGUUAUUGAAAUGUAUGAAAGAUAUUGCCGGUGUUGGUGAAAUGCUUAUGUUUGUUAAAGAUGGUGAACUUGUAUUUAAAUCUGUCAGAGAUGCUACUGGUUCACGACCUGCAAGUCUUGUCGAAUCUGGUACAACGUCUAAGAGAAAUUCGGUUCAUGGUAUUACACAUCCUCAGCAAAACUCACCACGUACAAGUUUAUGUACUAAUGGUGAGCAUGACUCUCUUAUGGUUGUUGUUAAGGCAGGAACCCUGGAAAGGUUAGUGGAUGUUUUGAUCAAUGGAGUUGCUUCUUUCAGCACUAGUGUAGUUGAUGAUAAUGGUGAGCCGCCUUUGACCAUAGGAAAACAAGGUCAACUUGGUAUUAAUUCGGCGGAAUAUUUGGCAACAUUCUUUAGUACAUACCGUAGUUUUUGUAGUCCACAUGUACUUUUUGAGAUUUUAAGAAAACAUUUUGCUAACGCAAAAAAAAAUUCAAAGAAAUCUGUGGAAUCUACUACAUCUGUGACUUUUGAUAAUGAAAACGAAACGAAACAAGAUGUUGCAUCUUAUGAUUGGAAUCAAGUUAUAAAAAUUCAAUCAAAGGUCCUUAAAGUAUUUCAUUAUUGGGUUGAAGAAUUUUUUUACGAUUUUUUGGAUGAUUUAACAUUGAGAAACCGUUUCACUCAUUUUCUCAAUGAUGCAAAAUUGGAAAUAGAAGAAUUGAUAGGCAGCUUGGACGAUGAACAAUUAUUAUCUCAUACUGAAGAAGCCAAAGACUCGAUAAUUAAUUUAAAAAGACAAGUUAUGAUCAAGAGCCUUGAACCCGCUAAUGAUGAACAAAAUGAGAAAAUGUCAUCCUUAAUAGAUAAAGUUAUUAAUGAUCCAUCAUCAUUACCAUCAUCAAAAAGCAAUAAUAUUACUAAAGACGUUGAAAUAUUUUCCCCUUCCUCAGACGUGCAAGAUGUAUCUGAUCUUCUUGAUAGUAUUGAUCUCACAGUCAUCGGUUUGUUCGAGGCUGUAACACCACAAGAUUGGGUUCUUGCCUUUGAAAUUCUUGAGACACAAUCAAUAAAUGUUCUUGGCUGGUAUCCUAAAAAACAACCAUCCACUUCUGAUGAGGAAAUACAUAUCACAGACAUUUUUACUGUUUUACAACAAACGGAACGAACAGGAAACUCGAAAAGAAGUGUUCUCAGUUCACUUCCUCGUUCAAUCCAAGCUCUUUGCCGGGUUCACAAUGCUAUUCGUAAAUGGGCAAUUCAAGAAAUCGUUUCAACGACAAUCGAUCUUGAACGACGAGUGAAUAGAAUUAAUAUAUUUCUUGAUAUGAUUUUGUUAAGCAGAAAAAGAAUGGCAAAAUUAGAUAUUUAUCCCAAGGAUGAAAUUGCUAAACCUGAGUCCGAGGCAAAAAGAGGUGUUCCAUCCUUUGUAGAAAGUGCGAUAGUAAGCGCGUUGAUUAGUCCUGAAAGUAGAUUAUUUGCAAAAGCUUGGAAUGAAAUUUCCAUAACUCGGGAUGGUGGUUUAGACUCACUCGAAUCAUUAUUACAAAAUGGGUCAACAAAGAGACAUUUAACUAUUCAUGUACAACAUAACUUAGCUCUUGUACCAUGUAUUGGAUGGUUAUUUGAACGUAUGUUAGAAAUAUGUUGCAAUGUACCAGAUAUAUCUUUUGACACUGAAAAACUGAUAAAUUAUGAUAAACGUCGAUAUGUAUAUAACUUGACACAAAUUUUUGUUCGUCUACAACGCGAGUUAUCAGAACGGGCUCAAGAUCGCAAGCCUGUAAUAGAUUUUGGUGACUUAAUAAGUAGUAAUCAAAAAUCUAGCGCUAAGACUCACUUUCGAUUUCUUAAAGAGAUUGCUUCUCGAGAAAAUAAUAUGAUUCGUGCCUCUAAUGCUCCACCAAAACUGCCAAAAUUGCAAAGACCUGUUUAUAAACUUAUUGCAGAACAACAGGAGAAAGUCAAACGAGAUCAAAAAGAAAAAGAAC